AAACAGGCAAACGCUGUCUCGGCAUCAGGAGUGACGUACUUCCUGCCGGCGGCAAAGCGUGCUGCUAGUUGUUUGAACCCAAACGUUCCUGUGACGAAAAUAUCGCAUUUUCUACUUUUAGCGUUUGAUUAACUACUGAAGCGAAAUAAAUAUGAGUUUACCUCUGAAUCCGAAGCCUUUCCUCAACGGCCUGACAGGAAAACCUGUGAUGGUGAAGCUGAAGUGGGGGAUGGAGUAUAAAGGCUACCUGGUGUCUGUGGAUGGAUACAUGAACAUGCAGUUGGCGAACACAGAGGAGUACGUUGAUGGAGCGUUGGCGGGGCAUCUUGGUGAAGUGCUGAUCAGAUGCAACAAUGUCUUGUACAUCCGAGGUGUGGAAGAGGAGGAAGAAGAUGGAGAAAUGAGAGAGUGAUGAUGAUGAUGAUGUUUUUGUAGUUGUACCUGGUGGUGGAGUUAACGUGUGUUUGUGUUUUCACCAUGUGAAACAAAUUUUGAUUUUCUUUUUUACUAUGAUGCCUGUUUGCGUGUUGCGAUGCAGAAACAAUAAAACAAUUAUUGUAACAUUU